AUGCCUGUUCCAAAUGAAGAAACAUGGAAAUCGAUAGCAAAACGAUACUACGAAUUAUGGGACCUCCCCAAUUGUAUUGGUUCCGUAGAUGGCAAGCAUUGUCGUAUAAAAAAAUUUGACAAAACCGGUUCACUUCAUUACAAUUAUAAAAGUUUUUUUUCCGUGGUGCUCAUGGCAUGCGCGGACGCCGAUGGAAUUUUUACAACCAUUGAUGUAGGAGAAGCAGGCAGGUUUAGUGAUAGUGCCGUUUUUAGAGCUUCUAAUCUUGGGAAACUAUUAGAUACAGAUAAACUUCAUAUCCCAAAACCAACACCAAUGCCUAAUGAUGCUUUUGAUUUUCCUUUCUAUAUGGUAGGAGAUGAAGCAUUUCCUCUCAAAAUAAAUCUCAUGCGGCCGUAUCCUAAGCGAGUUCUCGAUAAUGAAAAACGGAUAUUCAACUAUAGAAUAUCACGUGGACGAAAAAGCGUCGAAUGCGCCUUUGGAAUGUUGGCGUCAAAAUUUGAAAUAUUUCAGAAACCAAUAAUGUGCCAUGAAGAUACUGCAAUAAAAGUUAUAAAAGCAGCAUGUAUUCUACACAAUUUUAUUAAAAUGGUCGAGGGUCAUUUUUCAGUUCCCCAAAUCAGUAAAAAUCAGGAAAAUCAAUGUAGAAAUCGAGAAAUGUCACAAUCAACCAAUAACCAUUGUAGUAAUAAAUCUGCCCAUGAAUUAAGAGAUUAUUUGAAAAAGUAUUUUUUGAAAACAGAAAAUGCAUUGCCUUGGCAAGAAAAUUACACUUUAUAA